AUGACCGUGGACCUUGAGUGGUUAGAGAGGGGAAACGCAUCACAGAACUGGCGAACAAGCCCAAAGCGACGCCACGCUCCGUUGAAGUCUCGAGCGACGAGUCCUCAAGGUGAGCUGAAGGCUUCUGCCAGAUGUGUUCCAAAGGUGGCAAGCGGCCGUCGAGAGCCGCAGCUUGUCGGCCUCCGGCACAAUGCGUCUCGCAAGACCCUGGCGGAAGCCAUGGCGGCUGGGCCCUGGCAGGUUGCAACGUGGCGAGGCACUGGCACCAUGCUUUCGGUUCACCAUGCCGCCAUGCAGUCUGCUGAGAUGGGUCGUCAUUUUCGAGCUUGUGCAUGGGCAAAAGCAGCGGAAGAUCGUGCAAGAGCUGCCGAGUGGGCCAGAAGGCGACGCGAGAAGGGUCAUCUGAAGGUGGGGGGCGUGGAUGUCCUUUCCGAGAAGCACCAGGACCAAGCCGAGGGCACAGAGUUACUGGCAGAGCCGACUCGGUGCCCCCUUUGCGGUGCAGCGCUGACUGCACUGACUGACUUUGAUUGCUGUGAUUGCAUGCAACGAAGUAUCACGGGACCACUGGAGAAAGACAGAAGCCAAGAAGCUUCAGUGUCGAAGCAAACCUCACUGCAAGCUGCAAGUAGGCGAGCGUCUUUGGCCAGGCGUAUGUCGCUCCAGGUCGGACGCCGCCAGUCUGCCGACAUGGAUGGUCUGGGUGUGGGGAGGCAAGCAUCAGAUCGCCGCAAAAGUAACGAGAAGCAGAAGAAGCCUGCCACACUUACCAGGCUGCAAAGAUUGAUUCAGGCUAAGCGCAUGGAGUUUGAUGCGCUUCCGGAAGGGAAGAAAGAGAGGUUCCGCAGCGCCUAUGAUCAAGCAGUGGCUGGCCAGGGGGGCCUCGGAGGCCAACAGCUUCGCCAAGCUUUAGCUGAUCUUGGCCUGGCUGGCCGACAAAACCACGAGAAGGAGGCUGUUCAUGAAGUCGUUCGGGAGUCCAUUGCUGCAGGGUUGGUUGAUUUCCUGGAGUUCGUCUUUCAAGUCGUGCCCAAGGUGGAGCAAAAGCUAGUCGAGGCCAAGUCACCCAAAUUGCUCUCACUUUUCAAUCAGCUGGAUGUUGCCAUGGCGGGCAGCCUGUCCUGUUCGGACUGCAUUGAAGCCCUGCGGCGACAUGCGGAUUCCUUCAUCACGGUUCUCGAUGGAGACAUCAUGGAACAGUUUUGGCCAAUCUUCGUGAAAGAGCUGGCGCAGCAGCAUAAGGUUUCCAAGCACAGCGACGAAACCAUAGAUUUCGCCAAUUUCCAGCGACUCGCUUCUGAGGUUGAGGUGAGGCUCUUCGCCUUCCAGGGCCAAAUGGAAGAGCGAGCCGCGCGAUCGGCAGGCCUUCCACCAGCAUUGGAGGCUGCUCACUUUGGCGAAAUUGCGGUGAUGAUGAGAUACUUUUAUCGCUAUGAGAAGCACCAACGUGGUUUACUAGGCACACAGGAGUUGGUCAUGGCCCUCAUGGACUCUGGCACGCUACCAACUGUUGGAAGACUGCAUAUGACAACAGUGAGCAACUUUGCCACCCGCAAUAACAGGCUUAGUGUUUACAGAUUCCCUGAUUUCUUGGAACAAGUGGACAGUCUGCGGCGAGAAGAAAAAUCCCAACGUGAAGCAGCUUUCAAAUCUUGGUACACGAUACACAAGUGGGCGGAUGAUAAAGCUAUUGCGGUCACUGACAUGCCUCAGCUGAUCAUGGACCUGUCUUUGGUGGCAGACAGUUGCCGCAGCGUCAUGGAUGUGAGGGCACUGGUUGAGGACUGCCACAAAAGCGGCGCCGAGUUCUUGCAGAUCGACGCAUCGACGGAGCUGUGCAACAGGGUUGUCGAGAGUGCUCGUGUGGCUGCUCGGAGACGAGAGGCUCUGGUGGCCGAGCAAGUGAAACUGUCGGAAGAGCAGGUCUUCGACAUGCGUGGCUGUUUUUCUGAAAUGACACACAGCGGGGUCAUCGGUCCAGAUGACUUGCACUACCUCUUGGUGGAACUCUUCCCGGACCACGAGAUUGAUGAUGCAUUCGUGCAGGAGUUACUGGAUCUUGCACUGCCAUCUGGUUAUUUCCACUCGAGCAGCAAAUCUGCUUCUUCGUCUGCUCCGCGUGCUGCAAAGCCGAGCGAGAGCAACCCAAGCAAGAGCAAGGCAGCUCAGGCGCAAGAAGACGAAGCAGCGGCUCAUCGAAAGGUUUUGGAGGAAAGUAUAUUACGUUUUGAUGGCCCCCUGGCACGAAAUUACACACGGCCAUCGUACCAAUUCUGA